AUGAGUGUUUGUGACUACGGGUUGGGUUGGGUUGGUUUUAACGUCUUGCUCUCCUGCAGGGUCAUAGAGGAGGAGCUGAGGGACGCGUCCUCGGAGGACGUCCCACCGCUCACCCCGCUGGCUGUGGAGGUGAAGACUGAGCAGGAGCAGAAGAUUGUGACCCAGCUGGGCAAAAUGAUCCGCGUCAUCGGCGACAGGGUCCGAGACGACAAGGAGUUCCAAGAUGCCAUAGACGGGGUGGCUUGUUUCUCCGGCUCUAAGUGGGACCGCUUUAAGGAAGUGGCAGACAAAGUGUUCGAACAUGGGAUCACGUGGGAGAGGAUCGCCGUGCUCUUCUACGUUGCCGGAAAGCUGGCUGUCAGG